CGAAGACACGGUUCAAUGUGUAAACCUUCCCCUUCUCCAGCUUCUCCAGCCUGCAAUUCCAGGACGUCCCUAGUACAGAUGAAACCGAAAUCCUGUAUCAGCGGCCAUAACCCUGUCAGCAGCAACUCAAAGCCAUUCAAAACGCCCAAAGACAAUCUACUUACCUCCAGUGGCAAACAGCACACAGUAUUUCCUUCAAAAGUAUCACGGGAUAAACCAUGCGUUCCUGUUCCAGUAGUCAGUCUGGAGAAAAUUCCUAACCUAGUGAAGGCAGAUGGUGCCAAUGUUAAAAUGAAUUCUGCAACCACUACCACCAUCACUUCCUCCUCAGCCUCUUCCUCCACCAUACCUGCUCCAACUUUGGUAAAAUCUGGUUUGACAUCCAAGUCAGUGCCACCAUCACCAGAAAAGAUUCUGAACGGCAAAGGAAUUGUAGCUCCUUCAAUAGACAAGAAACACCAAAAUGGCACUAAAAGCAGUAACAAGCCUUAUAAGAGACUUUCAGAAAGAGAAUUUGACCCAAAUAAACACUGUGGAGUACUGGAUCCUGAAACAAAGAAACCUUGCACAAGAUCACUCACCUGCAAGACUCAUUCACUUAAUCAUCGACGAGCAGUUCCAGGCCGUAAAAAACAGUUUGACAUCCUUCUAGCUGAACACAAAGCUCGAUCCAGGGAAAAAGAAGUUGCAAAAGACAAAGAGCAUCCACUGUCUGCAAGGGAAAGCUAUCAGAGCCAGUUCACACCAGCACAAGACUCUCUGUCAGGAUCCUCGGUGAACUCUGGGCAAGAAUCUAAAGUAACAUCUCCUGCAAAAUCCAGACCACCAAAUUCUGUACUUCCAAGACCGUCAUCUGCAAAUAGCAUAAACAGCAACAGUUCUUCAAACCACAGUGGGUGCGUACCAGAACUGCCACUGCCGUCCAUGGGAGGAGAUUUAACAAGCAGGUUGUCCAGUGAUGAAGGGGAGGCGGAUGGAGCUGAAGAAUCUGAAAAAUUAGACUGUCAUUUUUCAGAACACCAUCCCAGACCUCUUGGGUUUUGUUCAUAUGGCAGUCGCUUAAUGGGAAGAGGGUACUAUGUCUUUGACAGAAGAUGGGACCACUUUCGAUUCGCACUGAACUCCAUGGUAGAAAAACAUCUGAACUCACAGAUGUGGAAGAAAAUUCCUCCUGCAGCAGAUAGUCCCAUGCCUUCUCCAGCAGCACAUGUCUCCACUCCUUUUCCAGCAUCAGUCUUACAGCCUUUCAGCAACCCCAGUGCAGUGUAUAUUCCUUCAACACCUAUCAGUUCAAGAAUCACUUCAUCUCCUUACAUAAUGACGUCAGCUAUGUUAUCAAAUGCAGCCUUUGUGACAACAUCAGAUACGAAUUCCAUUGUCUCACAUACUACAGCUUUCGCUCAUGUGCCUGCAAGCCUGAGUAUCAUGGACUCAACUUUUAAGGCACCAUCAGCUGUGUCACCAGUGCCAGCAGUCAUCCCUUCCCCAUCCCACAAGCCAUCCAAAACAAAAGCCAGCAAAUCCACAAAACUGAAAGACCUGUCGUCCCGCAGCGAUGAGUCUUCAAGUAACAAAAAGAAAAAGCCGCAGUCCUCAUCGUCGUCAUCUUCCUCCUCCUUAUCUUUGCAGACAUCUUCCUCAUCUUCAUUUUCAGGGUCUCACAAAAAGAACUGUGUCCUGAACCCCAGUUCAACUUUGAACUCCUAUCAGGCUACAUCUUCUUACAACAGUAUGUCUGUGCACAAUACAAAUAAUGGAACAAGCCCACUCAGUGCCAAAUCGGAGCCCUCAGGACGGACUUCAUUAUCAAGUAGUUCAGCAGACUCAGUGAAACACAUGAGCAUGGUAGUAAGCAGCAUUGACUCUUCUAACCUGUCCGUAUCUUCUCUUGUGCACCACUCAGGGGACCACUCCCUAGGAGCACAUAAUGCAGUGUCUUCUCUAGCCCUUUCUUUUGACAAAUCAGAAGGAAAAAAACGUAAAAACUCUAGUUCUAGUAGCAAAGCCUGUAAAAUCACUAAAAUGCCUGGUAUGAAUAGUGUUCAUAGAAAGAGCACUGCCAACCUUAUUUCUGCGGUGCCAGAUCCUACAAGCAGCUCCAUCUCUCGGCAGAUUGGAAAAAAUAGCAGUGUAGCUUUGUCACAAUCCAGUCCUUCGAGUACAUCAAACCCAGUACACAACAGACAAAAGACAUCAAACCGGACUGGUAGAAUAAGGACUCUUCCAUAACAAGGAAAAGGAACCAGCCUAUAAUCUCUAGC